AUGUUGUCAUCAAAAAUUAAUAAACCAAAAAAUAAAAAAAAGAAGAAUACUGUCAAACAAGAAAUAACAGAUGUUAGUGAAGUAACAACUUCAGCUGUUCCUGUUGCACUAUUUACUGAUUUUACUAACCUUAAUAUAUUAUUUCAACUGCAUUAUCCUAUCUCUUCAUUUUUUAUAAAUCCAUUGUUUUUAAAUAAGGCAACUGUUGAAUAUCAAGAG